UAGAGAGAACCUUAAUCCAUAAGCCACCUUCUACGUUCUAGUACCGUCUCUCUUUCUCUCCUCAAUUAAUAAUGGCUUCCUUCCCUCAUUUCUACUCAGAUUAUCAGUUUUCUCCUGAGGAAUUCUCAGAGAUUACGUCGGUGAUUGCUCAAGAGCACUAUGGUGGUAAUGCAUUUGCUAGCACUUCCACUGGUACAAUUUCAUGUGGUGCAAUGUUGGGCCAUGAGCAGAACGUUGUCCUUCCCAUUUUGUAUAAUAAUAAUGGUGGGCUUGAAGGUUUUCCGAUAGAGUCUGAUAUCUUGUCGCGGGUUCCGAUGACGACCGCCACCACCUCAUUCCCUGAGCAACUUGUGCUUUCUGAGGUGGAUGUGCCCUCAUUGCUGGACUACAAAAUGGGUUUUAGUGGCAUUGCCAAAAUUCAGAACUUUGGAGGCGGAUUUCAGUAUUUGGAUACCUGUGAGUGUGGAGACAGUUGCAGUGGGCUUGUGCCGAAUUUCAAGUCUGUUUGUCCUGAUUCUGGAGAAAAUUGGGGAGUUCAAUGCAAUCAAAUGCCAGCUAUGGAACACACCAACAUAAAGGUUGGCCGGUAUACGGUGGAAGAAAGGAAAGAUAGAAUUCUGAGGUACUUGAAGAAGAGAAACCAAAGAAACUUCAAUAAGACCAUCAAGUAUGCUUGUCGCAAAACCCUAGCUGACCGGAGAGUUCGUGUCCGGGGAAGAUUUGCCAGGAAUAAUGAACUAUGUGAAGACGACACUGAUGGGAAAAAGAUUGACAAUCCUCUCCAAGAAAAAGAAUCAUAUAGCAAUGAUGCCCUCGAGAUGAAGAAUGAUGAUGAUGAUUGGCUGCAAGAGGCUGUAGCAAGUCUAAUGAUGUACCAUAUAUAGUUGGGUGACUUAAAUAAUUAAUUAUAUGGAGAAUGAAUGGACAGCGACUGAAAAAGGAGUGUUGGGAUAUGGACAUGUACUGAUCUAACCAAGCUAAUUAGGGUAAGCUGGCUAAAGAGAGAUGGCUAGUGCUGGGUUGUUUUCAGUUGGAAAUUGAAGUUCAAAAUAGAAAAAGAUUCACCUAACUAUCAUAUGAUAAUCUCCAUCUCUCCUUUUUCACUUUAAUUAACAAUGACAUGAGUUUUGAAAACAACUGUGUACGUUGUAACUAAUGUUGUACAUGAUCACAUAUCGAAGGCAUC